AUGCACCUUUUUCUGAUAUAUUAUGUGUGGAGAUCUGUGCGAAGUCAUCGGCACAAGAAGUCACAGCUGGAAGCGCUCACAUCAAAGCCUUCCACAUCUCAUCUAUACUCGGGAGUGAAAGCCUCGCAAACGAUUGAGUUUGUCGUUCCGACGAUUACAUUGAAAUGUACGGAACCGUCCUUUUCGGUCACCGAAGAGUCGGAUUCCGAUUAUUUAAUGCAAACGCCCUUUAAUUGCGACCAAAGGUAUCGCAAAAGAAACUCAAAUAUUCAGAUCAACGAAAACGAAAUCAGCAAAAAUCUAUACGAAGAUAUGCCCAUCAAAGCCGACGAAAGGCCUGAAAUCAAUUUUGUGCUUCACUAUAGUUUUGUUAGACAACAAUUGCUUGUCACACUAUUGUCAGCCAGAAAUCUGUGCUCAAAACGUGGUCAUCAUUUGAAUCCUAUGGCAAAAGUAGUUCUCUUACCCGAAAAGAAUCCAACAUUUGUCACAAAAGUGCAGAAAAAUACUGCAAAUCCAGUAUUCAAUGAUCUCUUCAUAUUUCAAGCAAUAAGAGAAACUCUAAGCGACAGAGUAUUAAAAAUCAAAGUUUAUAAUUCGGACUCUUUCUCAAGAAAACAUGUCAUCGGAAGGACUUUAUUCCCGCUAAAAAUGGCUGAUAUUCACAGCGAUAUCAGUAAAGAUGUUAUGACUGAAGACAUCACUUGUUUUCUUAUAAAUAGCCGACCCUCGGGUGAAAUCCUACUUUCUCUCGGAUACGACACGAGUUCUUCGAGUUUUACUUUGGGUACUCUUAAAGUGAGGAAUAUAUACGACAAAGAGAUUGAAACAAUUUAUAUGAAAAUCGUUUUAUAUGUCAAAAGAAAGCGCAUAAGAAGUCGUAAAACAACUCUCCGAAAGGUUGUCUCCGAAAUUGAUUUCAACGAUACAUUUCAAGUAAAUGUAGCUAAAGAGGCACUCAAUGAUUUAGUUAUAAGUAUCGCUGUCUACGGAAAAUCACAUACAUUUGUGAAUAAGCAUCUGUUGGGACGAACACAUAUCGGACAGUCGUGUCCAUCAGCACAGGGCAGAGAUCACUGGUCAGAAAUGUGCUCUGAUUUUACUAAUCCU